UUUUAACAAAUAUGGCGGGAGUUGAUCGCACGAGAUCUUUAAAAGACAUUUUAUUAGAAAGUCUAUCGGCGAUUUUGUCGCCUGACCACAACACGCGAACUGAAGGCGAAAAUCAGAUUAAAGCCUUAGAAGUUACUGAAGAAUUUGGAGUUCAUUUAGCUGAAUUAACAGUUGAUUCCGAAGGACCACUAGCAAUAAGACAGCUGGCUUCAGUUUUAUUAAAGCAAUAUGUGGAAGCUCACUGGUCACGACAUUCUGACAAGUUCAGACCACCAGAAACAGGUUCCAUGGCGAAACAAAGAAUUCGAGAGCUUCUACCCCCUGGUUUAUGCGAGUCUGUGAGUAAAGUAAGGACAAGUAUAGCUUAUGCAAUAUCGGCUAUUGCUCACUGGGAUUGGCCAGAAACAUGGCCAGAUCUAUUUCAAAUCAUGAUGCAAGCAUUAGUCAGUGGGGAUCCUAAUGCUGUUCAUGGAGCAAUGAGAGUUUUGACAGAAUUUUCACAAGAUAUAACAGAUACACAGAUGUCUCAUGUAGCUCCCAUUAUUUUACCUGAGUUAUAUAAAAUAUUUCUUCAAGCUGAGGUGUAUGGUGUCAGAACAAGAGGAAGAGCUGUUCAUAUUUUUAACAUAUGUGCUGGUAUGAUAGCCACUAUGAAUGAAGUUCAAAAGGGUGUUGCAAAGCAGUUAUUGUUCCCAGUUUUACCUCAGUUCACAGAAGCAUUGGUUCAGGCAUUACAGUUACCAGACAGUCAUACAUCAGACAGUGGUUUAAAGACUGAAAUUGUCAAGGCAAUAACAACAUUAGUGAAAUGCUUUCCAAAAACAAUGAAUCAAUGGUUAAAUCAGAUGUUACCCAGUGUUUGGUCUAUAUUUACACAGAGUGCUGAAUAUUAUGUUAGAACUGUUGUUAAUAAAGUAGAAGAAGUAGAUGAUGUAGUUGAUUCAGAAGGGGAGAUAUUAGGUUUUGAGAAUUUAGUGUACAGUGUAUUUGAAUUUGUUCAUGGGCUUAUUGAAACAUCUAAAUUCAGAAGUACUGUCAAGAAAACAGUGAAUGAUAUUAUUUAUUAUGUUGUUAUAUAUAUGCAGAUGUCUGAAGAUCAGAUAAGAAACUGGAGUAAUAAUCCUGAUCAAUUCGUUGAGGAUGAGGAUGAUGAUAGUUUUUCUUAUUCUGUUAGAAUUUCUGCUCAAGAUUUAUUGCUGUCUUUGUCAAGUGAAUUUCCAAGUUGCAGUUCUCCAGCUUUAUGCACUGCUGUAUCAAAACACUUACAUGAAGCUGAAAUUGGUAAAAAUGCUGGAAAUCCUAAUUGGUGGAAGUUGCACGAAUCUUGUAUGCUAGCUAUUGGCAGUGUGAAAUCAUUGGUCAUUCAAUUUAUACAAGAAAACAAAAUUCAGUUUGAUAUAGAUUCUUUUCUUCAGUCUGUUGUUCUAGGGGAUUUAAAUUUACAAGUUUCACCAUUCUUAAUUGGUCGCUGUUUAUGGACAGCUAGUCGUUUUUCUGAAAUAAUGAAACCAGAUCUAUUAGAAAGAUGUAUACAAGCCACAGUUGGUGGCCUUCAUAUUUCUCAAUCUGCUAGUGUUCGAAUCUCUGCUAUUAGAGCUCUCUAUAACUACUGUGAACAACUAAAGAAUAAUAAUAACACUCAAUUAUUACAACCUUUCUUAAUCAAUAUUAUUGAUGGGUUGAUUACAAUUGGUACACAGUUUUCUGCAGAUGUGCUUGGUUUAGCUCUUGAAGCCUUAACUGUUGUAAUUUCGAUAGAUAAACAUACAACAGCAACAAUAGAAAAUAAAAUUACCCCGUUUACUAUAGCUGUAUAUCUGAAACAUUGUUCAGAUCCAUUUCUGGUAGAUUUGGUACAAGGUUUAUUUAAAGAGAUAGCUGCUAAUGCUGGUUGUUGUAGUCAACUUGAAGAGCGUUUAUUACCAACAAUAGUAUCAAUAUUACGUUCUCCUGGUGACAAACUGCCUGGUUUAACCUCAACAGCACUAGAUAUAUUGACAACAUUAGUACGAGGUGGUCAGAAACCUUUAUCUAUAUCCAUGAUGAAUUUAGCCUUCCCAUCAGCUAUAGAAUGUAUUAUGAAAAGUGAUGAUAAUGACACCUUACAGAGUGGUGGUGAAUGUUUGCGUGCCUUUUGCUCUGUGGAUUUAGAACAAGUAAUGCAGUGGAAAGAUGAAAGAGGAAAGAGUGGUUUAUUUUACAUUAUUCAAGUUGUAUCCAAGUUGCUUGACCCAAAAACAUCUGAGGGUACAGCCUGUUUUGUUGGACGUUUAGUAUCAGUUGUGAUUAGUCGUGUUGGUAAACAAUUAGGUGAUGAUUUGGAUUUGAUGUUGCGAGCUGUUUUGAGUAAAUUGUUACAAGCAGAAACUUUAAGUGUUGUACAGUCAUUAGUAUUGGUUUUUGCCCAUCUUAUUGUAAAUAAUCAGUUGGAAGCUGUUUUAGAUUUUUUAAGUAGUGUACCAAGUCCUACUGGUAAGCCAGCAUUAGGAUUUGUUUUAACAGAAUGGUGUUCAAGGCAGCAUUUAUUUUAUGGUUCUUAUGAAAGGAAAAUAAGUGUUGUAGCAUUAUGUAAAUUAUUACUACAUACUAUACAGAAUAAUGAUAUAAGAUUACAAGAGAUAACAGUACCUGGAGAAUUGAUACAAAGGACAGAUGGCGUGAAAACCAGAUCUAAAUCUUCAUCUGAUCCUGAUGAAUGGACAGAAAUACCAGUAUUAGUAAAGAUUUAUAAGUUAUUAAUUAAUGAAUUAGCAAAUCAAUUAGAAGUAGAAUCAGCUAGAACUGGAGUUGGUGAAGAAGAUGAGGAUACACAAGAAAAUGGUUGGGAAGAUGACAGUGAUAAUGAUGAUGGUGAUUAUGCAUCCUCUGGUCAUACCUUAUCAGAAUUAUUGAAUGAUUUUGGCAGUAAUUAUGAAGGUAUAGAUUUAGGGGAAGAGGAGGAAGAUGAUGAUCCUGAUACUAUCAAUGAUCCUAUAAAUCAAAUCAAUUUACAGGCUUAUUUAACAGCAUUUUUACGCCAACUAUCCCAACAUCAUUGUUUUUCAAUGUUCAGUGCUCAUAAUAAUGCUCCAGAAGUAACAGUUUUACAAGCUAUUGAUGUCAAUGUGUGAAACAAAUAAACCUUUUUAUAGAUUGGAAAGAAAGUGACGUGUAUUUUCUUGAUCACAUGAUGAUGAAUGAGGUUAAAAAUUUGACCACCAUGUCCAAUGUCCAUCAAUUGGUGGAUUCAUGCUAUGAUAUUAAAUGGUUGCUAAGCUCCAAAUAAUUGUUUAAUUCUGUGAAAAUUAUUCAUAUUCAUAUGCCCUCUUUAAAACAAUUGAUUUCAAGAUCAAAUAAAAACUGUAGCCCUCUAUGUGUCUACAAGAAAUAUGGACAGACAGGAGUGGCGGACAGAUGACUUAUUUAAAGUAACCAGAUGGAAAUUAAAGCCCACGAUCAUCAUUUAUUCGACCUAACCAAGGCACGUGAGGUCAUUUCAAGAUAACACUUUGAGCUACAGAACCCUUCUGUCAACAAGAAUUGGGCUUUUUUUUUGUUAAAUCUCCAAAUUAAUGCUUCAAUAUUCUAUUCUUCCUUCUUUAUUUCAAUUUUAUGUUAAACCUAAUCUAAAAGAUAGCUUGUCUAGCAAGGUAAUAUACGCUCAUUGGCAGCCUAGAUUUUGAAUAAAAAUAUUUAGCAGUAAAA